AAGAGCUGUCAUUAGUAUUUACACGUGCGGCAUUGUAAGUUUGUUAAUAUAAAUAUUAUAUUUGUAAAGUAUAAAAAAUAAGUAUGUCUGUUGCAAAACGGAAGCGAAUUUCAAAGAAAAAUAAAUCUGCUUGGCGAAAAACGGAUAUAAAAGAUGUUGAAGAUUAUCUGGAAGUACAAAGGCAGGAAGAGCGCGUUGGAACUGUAGCUGAUAAACCAGACGAGGAACUGUUUAUACUUGACGGUGAAUCUGUAGCACAAAAACGUAGUGCUCUGACGGAAAAGCAAAAACGCAAAGUAAAUGCCAAGAAACCUUUGCGUUCAUUAAAUGCUUUAAUAAACACAUCCAAAGUACAGGAUCCAAUUGUAAAACGAAACCGCGUCAAAUUGAAGAAAUCCGGUAGAAUAAUUGAAGAAGAAGUUCGUAAUCCUACUAAGCCGCGUCAUUUUCAAGCAAAUAAAGAUCGCGCUCGUUACCAUGAGACAUUGGAAAAGAAAAAUAAUAAAAAAAGUAGGGAAAUAGAUACAAGCAAAGAUAUUUGGGCAGUGGAAGAUUUUCGUGACAAAAUACCUGGUUUGAAGGAUGAAAAAGGUUGGAUUAGCAGAGAACUUGCACUACAUGUAACAAAUAAUAUUGGAAAACCUGUAAUAAAAGUACAUGAAAGCAUUCGGCAUCGCACAACAAAAGCAAAGAAUUUUGAACCACCACAUCCAGGAACAAGCUACAAUCCAUCACUGGAAGAUCAUCAAGAUCUCUUAGCUAAUGUUGUACAAACUGAAACAAAGAUUAUUAAAAAGGAAGAACAUAUGAAACGUAUAACCACAAAAAUGUUUUCAAAAGUAACUCCAGAGGAACGUGAUCAGUUACGACUUAAGGAGAUGCGUGCUGGUUUAGAUGAUGAAGAUGAAGGCAAUAACACAAAUGAUGAAACAAACGAUGCAGACACACCGUAUACAACACUUAAUGCACCUGUAGAAAACAAAAAGAAAAGUAAACAGGCGAGGCGUAAGGAAUUGAAACAGAAGGAAUUGCAGAAAAAACAUCAAGAGCGAAAAGCUUUGAAAAAGCAAGUCGCUGACUUAAAUAGAAUAAAAUCAAUUAAAGCUGAAGUACUCGCUGAAUCAGAAGCUUUAAAUCAAAUGAAAAAACAUCGCAAAAAAGUUGCUGAACAGAAGAAAUUUGAACCAAAACGUUUAGGCCGUCUUAAGUAUGUUGAACCUGAUGUAGAUGUUAAUAUGGCUGAGGAUAUUGCCGGAAAUUUACGUAACAUUAAAACUGAAUCAAGUUUACUAGUAGAUAGAUUUAAAAAUUUCCAAAAACGAAACAUUUUGCCAACAAGUGUUGCGACUGGCAAACAAAAAGCAAAGAAGGUUAAACGUUUUCCACGAGCUUCACAUAAAGAAGCUGGCAUCUCACAUCAAAUGUUAAGAGACCAAAAGAAGUCUGGAACUUUGAAAUUUAUUAAAUAAAUUAUUUUCAAUUUUAUUAUGUAUUUUAAUACAAAUUAUUAGAACUGUGUGUUUACUUAAUAUGUAUACAUUAAAUAUAUGUAGAGUAAAUAAUAAUAAGAAUGUGGCACUUAUAUAUUCGA